AUGCUGGCCGAGUCGGAACUGCUGCCCGACGGCACCGACCCGAAGCACUCACCAGGCCAGGGCUUCUCGCGGCAACCCGCCAGGGAGCAUAAGGCGGUUAUUUCCGCCGAUAAAUUGCGCCUGGGAAGUCUUCGUUGCGCCUGCCGCGAGUCCAUCGCCGACGUCACUGUCCGCGGCCAGCCGGGCAAUGAGAAGGUCUACGUCGAGCUGUUGAGGGAGUAUGGCUAUUUUCAUAGCGUAGAUCUGCAACGGCGGGAGACUUUCCGCCUCAGCAUCAUCGAGCGCCGGACGCUGGUGUUCCUCCGCGACGAGGAGGUCAAGAUGGACGUGGCCAAGUCCCAGGACCAGACAACCGCCAGCAGCAGCGACAGCAACAGCGGCAAUAACAAGAAAGUCAGGGCGCCCGCGCCCCACAAACCAGACUACAGCUUCGAGCUCACCCCGUCCCGUCGCCUUCUGUUCCACUUCAGCGCCCUGACCCACAACGCGCACCUGAUCCACCUCGACCGCGAGUAUUGCCGCGCCAGCGAGGGUCACCGCGACCUGCUGGUCCACGGGCCUCUGAGCCUGGUACUGAUGCUGACGGCCCUGAGGGCCGCCGCCAAGGUUGUAGGGCCUGCCCGCGCGGAAAAACAUAUCCAAAGCAUCAGCUACCGUAAUCUGGCGCCGCUCUACGUCGGUGAGACCAUGCGCGUCUGCGUGCGUCAUACUUCUAACGCCGCCACCGAAUACCCAGCCACCGGGACCAAGAGGUCUACCGAUUCGUGGGAAAUAUGGAUAGAGGGUCCAGAUGGAGGCAUGGCUGUCAAAGCAUCUGCUGUCACCAUGUCAGGUCCCAAGAAGUAUAAGGCAAAUCUUAAGAAGAACAGGGCGGGGGACCAUGAGAAUAAUGUUUCUCCGGGAAAUCAAGAAUUUGCGUAA